GCCCUGGGGCUGGAGCUGGUGCUGGACUUCAUCAACAACUCCUGCCUGGCCAGGCUGGAGCAGGAGGAGGGGGGCGAUGAGGAGCCCCCUUUGCUGGAGGAGCUGGUGGAGGCCGCUUCCUACCUGCAAGUCACCCCCUUGCUCCGCCUGCUCCUCUCCCAGGUGAGGCUGGGCAACUGCUUCGAGCUGCACCGCCUGGCUCAGGUCUACGGUCUCCAGGACUUGCACGAUGCCUGUCUAGACUUCAUGGCCACCCAUUACCAUCAGGUGCUGCGGAGGCCCGAUGCACGGCCACAUCUCCUCCUGCCCCACGCUCUCCAGCAGCACUUGAAGGAGAGGCGGAUGAGGGGCACCGCCACCCUCGUGGCUAUCGGGGACUUCAUGGGUGCCUCCCCCCUGGGCCUCCCUCCAGGCUGUCACCCUCAGGUGGAAGUCCCCUGGUCUAUGCUGAGGUAUGAUGAGGAAGCGCAGAGGUGGCUGCCCCUGGCCAACAAUCUGCCCCCUGAUCUGGUGAACGUCCGAGGCUACGGGUCGGCGAUGCUGGACAACUACCUGUUCAUCGUUGGGGGCUACAGGAUCACCAGCCAGGAGAUUUCGGCUGCCCAUUGUUACAACCCUUGCCUAAACGAAUGGAGUCAGCUGGCUUCAAUGAACCAGAAGAGGUCCAAUUUUAAGCUUUUGGCUGUAAAUGGAAAGCUCUAUGCCAUCGGUGGCCAAUCCCUUUCCAACGUGGAGUGCUAUAACCCAGAAAACGACUGGUGGAAUUUCGUAGCAUCCAUGCCAAACCCUCUUGCAGAAUUCUCAGCUUGUGAGUGCAAGGGCAAGAUCUACGUUAUCGGAGGAUACACUACUCGAGAUAGGAAUAUGAACAUUUUGCAGUACUGUCCCACUUCUGAUUCCUGGACCAACUUUGAACUUUGUGAUGUCCAUGUUCGCAAACAACAGAUGCUCUCUGUUGAAGAAACUAUAUAUCUGGUAGGGGGUUGUAUUCAUGAACUUGGACCAAACCAAAAAUCCAGCCAAAGUGAGGACGUGUUAACUGUGCAGUCUUACAACAUUGCUACCAAAGAAUGGCUCUACCUCAAAGAGAACACAUCAAAAUCGGGUCUUAACUUGACUUGCACUCUCCACAAUGAUGGAGUCUAUAUUUUGAGUAGGGAUAUUACUUUAUCUACAAGCUUGGAGCACCGUGUUUUUCUUAAGUAUAAUAUAUUUACAGACAGUUGGGAGUCACUAAGACGCUUUCCAGCCUUUGGACAAAACAUGCUGAUCUGUUCUAUGUAUUUGCCUGAUAUGCGAGAAUUGUAA